CGGGGCGUCGGCCGGGGCCGUGACGUCACUCCCGCGGGCUCCCGGAGGACGCGGACAUGGCGGCCAGCAGCAGCUCUUCCGGCCUCGCGCAGGGCGCCCGCCCGUCGUCCAGCACCCAACCAUCCUCGGCUUUCCCCUUCCCAGCUGCUGGGGCCAGCUACGCCAUGCAGUCCACCCCUGGGACGGAGAGCACCGCCAGCCGGGCCCUGGCCCCUGCCACCCAGCCGCCUGCACCCAGAGGAGGAGUCCCAGUGGGGUAUGGCUGCUCCCAGCCCCGCGCCAGCCAGGACUCCACACCCAACAGCCAGCCCCAGGGCCCUGUCCCCAUGGCCACUGCUGCAUCCACCCACCAG